AAAAACGCAGAAAAAUAAAAAAUCCUAGGACUCUCUGGUCUGGACUCUAGAGACUAGAGUGAGAGAGAGAGGAGGAGUUAAAUUCAAGAUUACAAUGCAAGAAUGGCUCAGCACAGGCAGCCAGGGAUGGAGAGGUUGGGGUUACGUGGCCACGAUGUCCACCAUUCAAACGGCGGAGUAGGAGGUGGAGGACCAGAUCACGUCGCUGUCGGGAUCCGCACCGCCCCGCACAAACCGGGUCGGACCCGCCGAUCGGGUCGAUCCGACAAGGGCCCAAUUAGAAUCUCUAUUGGAGCCGUCGUCCUCGUUCUCGCGCUAGUCUUCGUUUUUACUCUUCUGGCCUUCUAUUACCUCUCCCGAAACAGCAGAGAACUAAAUACUUAUCAUGCUGAGGAAGAUGACAUAAAGAAUGAUCCUGACUUUCUCACAAAUGUGACACGCACGGAGACUUCUAAAGUCCUUAGGUUUGGGAAGGGUUCGGUAGUUCAUGGUCGAGAUUCUAGGUAUUGGGAUAAAGAUGAUAGGAGAAGGGAUGGAGAUUAUAAUGAGGAUGGUAGUGCAGGUGUUAGUGAUGAAGCCACUGAUAACGGUGAUGUUCAUGUGAGAGUUAAAAACAGUGACAAGAAGUCCUUGAAUGAUGACUUUCCUAAAAGUUCCAGUAGGAAAGGUGGAUUGUACAAUGAAGCUGGGCGCAAUGAGUUGAAAAUUUAUGAAGCUGAGUAUGAGGCCUCUCUAAAGAAUAGUCGAGAAUCUAAGGAUGAAGAUUUGGAUAAGCAAAAGGAGGUAAUUGAUGUUGAUGACGAGUAUGAUGAUGGGAUUGAUUUUCAUGAAACUCACAUGGAUGAAUAUGAAGAUAUGGGACAUCAGAAUGACCAUUUUGAUGAAGAAAAAUCACAUGAUGAAGAUAGUGGAGAGUCCAUUGAUCUUCCUGAUGUUGGAACUAAUGAUCAAAAUGUUGCCAACAAGGUUGAGAAAGUCUCCACCAAUUCAUUUGAAGAUGAUCCUGUUCAGCACUCUCGAAAUCUUGAUGAAGUUAACACAAAGCCCAGGCAUGUCAGUAUACAUUCUGGUCAAUCUUCAAAAAAGUCACGAUCAACUUCAAAAAGGAAACCUAAGCGCCGGAAAUAUUCUGGUUCCUCUUGUGAGAUGAAGUUUUUAAACUCUACUGCACAGCUUAUAGAGCCUUUAGAAAGUCGAAAGUUUGCAAGGUUCAGCAUGCAGUAUACUCAAGCAGAGGACAAGCCUGAAGGAGAAGAGCAUUGGGAACCUAGAUUUGCAGGGCAUCAGACUCUGCAAGAACGGGAAAAUUCCUUUUUGGCAAAUGAUCAAAAAAUAAAGUGUGGCUUUGUUAAGGGUCCUAAAGAAUCCCCAAGCACUGGAUUUGACUUGGCAGAAGAUGACACAAAUUACAUCAGCAGAUGCCAUAUUGCUGUUAUCUCUUGCAUCUUUGGAAAUUCAGAUCGCUUGAGGAUGCCUUAUGGUAAAACGGUGUCUCGUUUGUCAAGGAAGUACGUUUGCUUUGUUAUGUUUGUCGAUGAAGUUACUUUGCAAACCAUUUCUUCAGAAGGGCAAAUUCCAGAUCGGAUGGGUUUUAUUGGUUUAUGGAAGAUUGUGGUGGUGAAGAACCUACCAUAUACUGAUAUGCGGAGAGUGGGAAAAAUACCAAAACUUUUGCCUCAUCGGCUUUUUCCUUCUGCAAGGUAUUCAAUCUGGUUGGACAGCAAAUUGCGCCUCCAACUUGAUCCCUUGCUCAUUUUGGAAUACUUCUUGUGGCGAAAAGGUUAUGAGUAUGCAAUUUCGAAUCACUACGACCGACACUGUGUAUGGGAAGAGGUUGCACAGAAUAAGAGAUUGAAUAAGUAUAACCAUACCAUCAUAGAUCAACAAUUUGCAUUCUACCAGGCUGAUGGCCUGACAAGAUUCAACGCCUUGGAUCCCAACAAGCUUCUUCCCAGCAAUGUACCAGAAGGAUCUUUUAUUGUCCGGGCACACACUCCUAUGUCAAAUUUGUUUUCGUGUCUAUGGUUCAAUGAGGUUGAGCGGUUUACUCCUCGUGAUCAGCUAAGUUUUGCAUAUACAUACCAGAAGUUAAGAAGGAUGAAUCCUGGAAAACCUUUUCAGCUUAAUAUGUUCAAGGAUUGUGAGAGGAGAGCCAUAGCUAAGUUGUUUCGCCACAGGUCAGACGAGAAGCAGAAUAUUCGGCAAAAGGCAACAGAGUGAAUCUCUUCUAGAUUGGCUAUUCUGAAACCUGCAUUUAUAUAACUCUCGUUUGGUCACACUUUUCACUGUGUUUGUGCCGACUGUCUCAUGGUGAAAGAAGUCUACAAUGAUGCCGAACUUUUUUUUCAGAGAGUUCUCAGGAGCGAAGUAAGCACUGCAGUAGUUGCUUUUACCACCACGCUGAGUGCCUCUUCAGGAAAGAAACUUAACUCUGCAUGCAAGCUGCAUUAGCUUUGUUGUAUUCAUCCCAUUUUUUCAUUCAUUGAUCCCUCUGUAGGCAAGUAGGAAUACCUCAAGUAGGAAUAUCCAAAUCAUAGUCCCAUGUAUUUUACAGCAAAUGGAUAUUGCGGUUUUGUUGUUUCUGUAAUGGGUCAUUCAAGCAUGUACAAUAUAUAAUUUUUUUUUAGGCAAUACAAUUUGAUAAUUGAUUUCACUGAAUU